GUCACCAUAUCCUUUCCCACGACCACCCGCGCCGGCCGGCUCGCCUCGCCGGCUUCUCGCAGCGCCACCACCGCGCGCCGCCAUCGCCAUCGCCAUGGCCUCCUCAUCCUCCACCUACCUCGCGCUUCCCUGCUCCAGCGCUCCCCUGGCUCCACUCCCAAGGCCACUGCCGAGCCCCCAUGUCGCGAGACCCGCGUUGGCCGGCAUCACCAGGGGCGCCAGAGCCGGUGCCCCUCUGUUCGUCAGCCCCGCCGCGUGCCGCACGGGAGGGCGGCGCAGGGGGUGGGCCCAAAUAUGCCGGGACUCCUCGCUACAGGGUCCACCCGGCGCCGACUCUCCUGCGCGGGAACAAGAGGAUAAGAAGAAGAGGGAGGCGGCGGCCGCGGCGGCAGCAGCACGGAUUGCGAGUGGUAGCGGAGGAGGAGGUGGGAAGCUUAGCGACUGGACCACUUCCGUGCUCAUCUUCGGCAUCUGGGCGGGGCUCAUGUACUACAUCUUCCAGCUCGCGCCCAACCAGACACCGUACAGGGACACAUACUUCUUGCAGAAACUUUUAAAUCUGAAAGGUGAUGAUGGCUUUCGAAUGAAUGAAGUUCUUGUGGCUCUAUGGUACAUUAUGGGCCUCUGGCCAAUAGUCUACAGUAUGUUGCUCCUUCCUACUGGUAGAAGUUCCAAAAGCAAGAUUCCUGUAUGGCCAUUCCUGGUUCUUUCAUGCUUUGGGGGAGCAUAUGCUUUGAUUCCUUACUUUGUCCUAUGGAAGCCUCCUCCACCUCCCAUUGAUGAAGAUGAAAUUGGGCAAUGGCCAUUAAAAUUUGUUGAGUCAAAGUUAACUGCAGGAGUACGCUUUAGCUUUACUUCAUUACGUUUCACACUAUAUUGGGUCAUUAUUGACUAUUUCUUUCAAAUCAUUCUACAGGUGGUGUUUGCCCUGGGCAUUGGACUGAUUAUAUACGCAGGCAAAGCUGGUGGUGAUGAUUGGAAGGAAUUCAUUCGAUACUUUAGGGAGAGCAAGUUUAUUCAUGCCACCUGCCUUCAUUUCACUUUGCUCUCGACCUUCUCACCAUUCUGGGUCUACAAUGACAUGACAGCGAGACGAUGGAAAAAUGGUUCAUGGCUUCUGCCGCUUGCACUGAUACCUUUUGUGGGGCCCUCAGUGUACCUUCUAUUACGCCCAUCACUUUCUUCUCUGCUGGCAGCAUCCGCUUCACCAUCUGAUGAAAUUCAGAAAUAAUUUGCGUCUAACUUAUAUCCAAUGAAGAUUUUGGUUGUGAUCAGAUGUUGUAAAAAGACUGAUCUGGAGACUUGACUUGUAAGCCUAAAUGCUAUGUCGAUGUGAUCUGGAGAAAAUCCACAAUUUUGCAUGUCGAUGCAGUAUUCAAACUGGAAAGCAUGUCUGAACAGGGAAGUCAUUUUCUACAUUAUCAUCGCCUGGGCUCGUGACAAAUUAUCGAGGUUAAACUCAUGGAGUAUUCAGCAAUGUUUCAACCCACGAAGACAUGCAAUUUAUAGUAUGGAGCAAAGUAUUCGGAUAUUAUACUGCUAUCUUCGAUCUUGUAUAGAAAAUAUUCUAUUACAGUGACCCAUAUGUAAGAAAAGCCAGAGCAGCUGUACAGUCUGAUGAAUAGCUAACCACAGAUUGCUAUUCAGAUUAUGAUAAUCCUAUAAGUUGGGGAGGAGGUGCUUAUUUCA